AUGGCUCUAGUCAUUCAAGAUUUUGGUGAAGAUGACUUCGACGAAGAAGCAGUGGAUAGAGAAGCAUGCGAAAUCGAGAAGACGGUGGACGACUUCGUCGACGAGCCUUCGAUCCAACACGACGUGAUCCCAGAGAGUGAUGACGAGGGAAAGAAACAUCAGAAAACGCCGAGAGAGCAGACCCACAUCAGACAUGGAGACGGGAGACUGUACAAGCAUCAGACAUUCUUCAACGGAGUGGCUUUCAAGGAGUGUGUUCUUGACUAUGCAUUGAGAACAGGUGAUGAUUGUUCGAGGAAAAUCUAUGCUUCAAUUCUACCCAAUGAUCCGAUUUGGAGGGUUAGGGUCUUUGAAGAUAAACAUAGUUGUGUGCCUAAUGGACAGUGUAAGAUGCUAAAGGUGCCACAUAUAGCUAGGUUGUUUGUUGACAAAAUCCGAGAUGAACCACAAGAUUACAUGCCCAUGAAGAUUGAAGAAACUGUUCUAGAGAAAUGGGGAAUCAACGUGACUAGGUCUCAAUGUCAGGCUGCUAGGAACAAGGCAUUGAGGUGGAUUGAAACUGAAUAUAAUCUUCAGUUUGCCCGUCUAAGAGAUUAUGCGGCUGAGUUAAUUGACUCAAACAAGGGUUCUACAGUGGUGAUCGAAACACUGAAAAAUGCAGAAGGUAAAGAGGAGUUUAACAGGUUCUAUGUGUGCUUUGAUGUCAUAAAAACAACUUGCAAAGAAACAUGUAGGCCAUUGGUAGGACUUGAUGGCACUUUCAUCAAACAUAAGAUCAAGGGGCAGUUAUUGGUUGCAUUACGAAGAGAUGCAGACAAUGGUAUAUACCCAAUAGCAUGGGCUGUUGUUCAGGCCGAAAAUACUGAUAAUUGGACAUGGUUUGUCCAGAAAAUAAAGCAUGACUUGACUCUGAAUGAUGGUGAUGGUUUUAUCAUGAUCUCGGAUAGGCACAGGGGAUUGAUUGCAGCUGUCAAGUUAGAACUACCAAAGAUAGAACAUAGAAUGUGUGUAAGACACAUCUACGACAAUAUAAAGAAGAAUCAUGGGAAAAAAACCAAACCAAGGACUUGGUGCAGAGCGUUCUACAAGAUGGGGAAUUACUGUGAAGAUGUGGAAAAUAACUCUACUGAGUCUUUCAACAACACCAUAAAAAAGGCAAGGGAGUUGCCUUUUGUGCCGAUGCUAGAGAUGGUUAGGAGACUUGCCAUGGCACGGAUUGCCAAGCGAAAAGCUAAAUCACAUAAUCACAAAGGUAUUUGUACACCAUAUGUAGCUAAGUUUCUAGCAAAAGAGAAGAAGAUAGCUGAUGACUGCAAAGUGGCAUACUCAACAAAUGGUGAGUACAAAGCAAGGGUGAAUAGUUGUUCUUACCGUGUCAACUUGGAGAAGAGGACUUGCACCUGCAUGAAGUUUCAGAUUUGUGGCAUUCCUUGUGAGCAUGCUUAUGGAGUUAUUAAUCAUAAGAAGCUAAUCCCUGAAGACUUCGUAUGUCACUGGUUUCGUACGGCCAUGUGGAAGAGGAACUACACCAAUGGAAUCAGUCCAGUGAGAGGUGCUUCAUUCUGGCCUGCGACAGGUGCUCCUAAUGUGCAUAUUCCGCCUAAGCCGCUACAGCCUGGAAGGAAGAAAAUCACCAAAACUGGUAAAGAGAGGAAAAAAGGUGUUAACGAAUCUCCAAAAAAGAAGGCAGAUAAAGUGAAAAAGAGAAUAAUGCAUUGUAAAAUAUGUGGUGAAGCCAAUCAUAAUGCCAGGCUUCUCAAGCUACAAUACCUGAAGGUCAAGCUUCACAAGGUCCUCAAACUCAAGCCUCUCAAGGUGAAGCUUCUCAAGGUGAAGCUUCUCAAGGUGUGCAAAGUGCACUUCCAUGUCUAG